ACAUUGCCUUGUUUAAUACGUCAGGUUUCUUUGUUGUUUUUUACAGAUACUUUUGCUUAAAUACUAAAUAAGCAUUGCACGACUACAAUGAAUUUAAGUACAGCCAUUGUUCUUUCAGUUGUCGUUUGCAUCAUUUUAUUAUGGAUAAGAUGGAGAAAACAAAGGAUGUCUUUGUUUCAACGUUACGGAAUUCCAGGCCCAGAACCAAACUUUUUCUUUGGAAAUUUAAUUGAAUUCAAUAAAGAAAGAGACAAAUGCAUAGAAAAAUGGCUACAACAGUACGGAAAAAUAUUUGGCUUUUAUCUAGGUGGAAAACCCUUUUUAGUAUGCAGCGAUGUCGAACUUUUGAAACUCAUUCAAAUAAAAGACUCUUACAAUUUUUACAAUAGAGAUUUGCUGCUGCCUGAUGGUGGAAUUUCUCAUGAUUCUGUUAAACAUAUACUAGGAUUACACACAGAUGAAAAAUAUAAAAACCUACGAAGUAUUCUCAGUACUUGUUUCACUACAGGAAAAAUUAAAAUG